AUGCCUGUCGACUACGAUUCCUUUUAUAGAUACUGCGCAGAUAAAGUCACAGAUCUUUCUGGAAAAUCCCCGAAAUUUGAGCCAUCAAGCAGAGCUGCUUUUGAAGCCGCCGCCGGGAAUUUUGACAUCGUGGCUUUGAAGCUGAGGCUCGAUCUUAAAGGACCGAACCUUGCAGAACCUGAUGGGUUGUUGUUCAAUCUGACUGUUAAGCCUCUGGCUUUGGAGCUAUCCGACCGUUUUCGAACGGGCUUUGAGUGGGAUCGUGUCGCCUAUUUGGACGUAUCCACCUUUAAGAAUGCGCCUGCGCACAUCAAGUCGCAAAACACGGAGUUUUUGGACGCCUUCAACGACUGGCUGGACCCAGACAAGCCGAAACGGUUUCUGGGUAGGACCAUCCAGGUUCGACUAGACAAGAACAUCAUGUCUUACGGUGUAAUGAAACGUACGGAGUUCAAUGAUCCGAAUCCACGCUUUACGUCAGAGGUCAGACCGAGAAAGGCACGAUUUAAUGGCGCUAAAGGAGUCUGGCAUCAAAGCUGCUCCCAUGACCCCGCCACAGACGAUGACUGGGGUAUCUGGAUCGAGAUACCUCCCAGCCAAUGGAAGUUUCCCAUGCAUGAUGGGGACACAGACCAGAGCUUUGAUCCUGUCCGCUUGACAUUCGAGGUUAUUAAAUGA